UACCUAUUAAAUCCACGUUAGAUCUCCAAAAGUUUGGUUAAGGGUGCAUGAAAGUAACUAUAAGAAAAAGCGGCCAAGUGCGAGUCGGACUCGCCCAUGAAGGGUUCCGUACCAUUUAUGACGUAUUAAAAAAAAACUACUUACUAGAUCUGGUUCAAACCAAUUUUCGGUGGAAGUUUGCAUGGUAAUGUAUAUCAUAUAUUAUUUUUAGAUUUUUCUUUCUGUUAUUUUAGAAGUUACAGGGGGGGACACACAUUUUUUCACUUUGGAAGUAUCUCUCGCGCAAACUAUUCAGUUUAGAAAAAAAUGAUAUUAGAAACCUCAAUAUCAUUUUUGAAGACCUAUUCAUAGAUACCCCACACGUAUGGGUUUGAUGAAAAAAGAUUUUUUGAGUUUCAGUUUGGGGACCCCCAAAAUUUAUUGUUUUUUUUUCUAUUUUUGUGUAAACAUCAUAAUGCGGUUCAUAGAAUACAUCUACUUACCAAGUUUGAACAGUAUAGCUUUUAUAGUUUCGGAAAAAAGUGGCUGUGACAGAAUCGGACAGACAGACGGACAUGACGAAUCUAUAAGGGUUCCGUUUUUUUGUCAUUUGGCUACGGAACCCUAAAAAGAGAGAGCGGUCAAAUUAGUAUCAUACUUAUCAUCUCACGCGUUGAUUUAUUGUUAGGAGUGCGAUUCACACAGUACUAUCGCAUCAAAAGUAUCAAAACAAUGUCUAAAAUCUGCAUGCCGCAUGCCGCUCCAGUUGAACAAUCUGUGAAUUGAACUGAAACUAUCCUUCAACAUUGCUUGAAACAACGCGUCAUUUUCCGUGAGGCAUGUUGCCAGCUCGCACGCCAGGUUGCGCGCCAGACACGCGUCAGUCCCGCGCCACUCCCCGACAAGCGUGCAACUUUGUAUACACGCUCGCAACAUGGCAGUAACCUACACCAACGAACUCGUGCUACAACUCGUCCAAAGCUACAAAAACCAUGAGCUCCUCUGGGACCCUUCGAACCCCGAUUUCAAAAACAGAACAAAGAAAAACGACGCGUGGGAAGACGUCGCCAAUACCGUGAAUAUCCCGAGAAGGGAAGUUGAAUCCAAAAUGCAUACGUUGCGUUCGCAGUUCGCUAGAGAGAAGAAGAAAAUAGCUCAAUUGAGAAAAAAAGGGAAUGACUUGAAAUACGCUCCGUGGUUUGCCUACGAGUCAUUGAAGUUUUUAUUGAAAGGAGAAACAGAGACUGACGGAUGUGAUAGCUCUGAAAUGCGAAACAGCCACACCGACGAACUCUCCGAGCCUUACCACGUCGAAAAUUUCCAAAUAGCUGCCCCCAUCCCAAUGCUUUACGAAUCUACGGACACAACAGCAAACUUGUCAACCAACUCGAGGAAAAGAACCAAUUCAUACGAUGAUAAAUCUGAUGACCCAAUGGGAUAUGGUUUUGCUAAACAAUAUCGGCCAAGUUUAAAAUCUGUUCACGACGAAUUUGAAAUUUACGGGCAAUAUGUUGCUUCGGAACUUAGAGAGACUAAAGAUCUGCACUCUGUCCUAAUUGCGAAACGUUAUAUAAACGAUAUAUUGAUCAACGCACGCAUGGGAAAAUAUCGUAAAGAUUUUGCUAGUAAUAAUAGCAAGAGUAAAGGUAUUAAAACUGAACGUGAGCAUGAUUCUGAUGUGAAUGAUGAUGAAUAAAAUUAAAUUUCUAAAAGUAUUGACUUUUAAUGAACUCGUACGUCUAAAGCGAUAAUGAUACUAUUUUCAAUCAACAAACCAAUAAAAAAUGUGGCUACGUAAAAAAUGGGUGACAUGGGUUUACCAAUGUAGGGUACAUGCAUGCUCCUAGCUGUUUAUAAACAGCAUUAAAAUUUAUAAUUCGUACUCCUGUCUCUUUUUGUGUAACGAUAAUAUGGAAGAGAUUGUGCAGUAACUUUCAUUAUAACCAUGUUGAAGUUCAAAGUAAGAAGCAGCCUGCAAGCCUGGUGAUACAAUCACAUAAAUAUCUUGUUUCUAAAUCUUUCUUUGAGGACAUCAAAUCAGGUAGGUCCCAUCCAAAAAAUUCAAUAUAAUGUUUACCACGGAAUCAUUCUACUAGUAUACAAAAACAUGAUAUUUAUUCAGAAGGUUGGUAUUUCAAACCUAUCAUUACGUAAGCUUAAUAUGCA